CUCUCAUUUUUCCAGUUUUCUCUUCUUCUUUCUGCAACUUUUCUUCCUUACCUUGUUUUUAUUCUCAACAAAUGCUUCCUUUUCAAACCUACUAUGGUUUUGAUCACAGCCAGAACCGUUUUGUUCAAGAACCAACCUUAGUCAACGUCAUGGAAAUGGACGGUGCUGGUGAGUCCGUCCUCAGUUCAUCAUCAAGAUUGGAAAAGAAAUCAACCGAGGCAUGCAAGAGUCAUAAGGAAGCUGAAAGGCGACGUAGACAGCGUAUCAACGCUCAUCUCUCCACCCUUCGUACUCUUCUUCCUAGCUCCACUAAGACAGACAAGGCCUCGUUGCUGGCGGAGGUGGUUCAUCACGUGAAGGAGCUAAGGAAGCAAGCGGCUCACGUGGCGCGUCAGGACAGGGACAGUUGCUGUGGCAGCGAAUCAGAGAGUGAGAAGUACUGGCCGUUUCCGGGAGAAUCUGACGAGACGAUUUUGAGUUAUUGCGAUGGUGAAACCAAGACGAUGAGAGUGAGCGUUUGUUGUGAGGAUAGGCCCGGGUUGAACCGGGAUUUGUCGCAGGCGAUCCGGUCUGUCAAAGCGAGGGCGGUUAAGGCUGAGAUGAUGACGGUUGGUGGGCGGACUAGAAGUGUGGUGGUGUUGCAAUGGGGUAGUGGCGGUGGCGGUGGCGGAGAGGAGGAUGUAGGAGUUUUGAGAAGAGCGUUAAAGGCUGUUGUGGAGAAUCGGGUCUCGCGCUCUGGGCUGGGUCAGGUGGUCCAAAGGAAUAAACGGCUUCGGGGUUACGAUUUGGUUAAUGGGGUUGAUUAGUUUUUGGAUAGAUAGCGAAGCAAUUCUCAUUUUGAUAUGCUAUUAUUGUUUAUUGAGUCUUCUUUAUAGAAACCAAAAAAAAAAAAAAAAA